UGUACCGAUACAUGGAGCUGCACGCAUAGUUUUUAUGUGGGUCGUUAGUGAAGUGUUCGGGUAUGCAUAUUGAAGCCUUUAUUACCCUGUGUGCAGUUUUCAGUGCAUCAUAAUAAAUGAGGAAACAGCUGUAUUGUCGCAACAGGUCAGUCGCGAACACUUAGGUUAGUACGAUAAACAGCAGAGAUGGCGAGUUGGUGAGUUGUCAUUCAUCUCAAGAACGAGAUAUGUGGGCCUUCUGGAAAUUUAUGGAUCAAAGAGCAUUCAGGAUAUGUGGUCUGUUUAACGGAGUGAAUGCUGUUAUGUAUAAUCACACAGAGCACUCAAUGUUACACUAAUAUAUAGCAUCACGCCUAGUAGCUAGACCAGUGGUGUCAAUUUAUUCACAUACUACAUGUACAUCAAGCCUAUAUACAGAAGGAAGCAUUAAUGCAGCCCUACGUGCAAAGUUAUGUAAGACACCAGUGCGACACCUGUUCAGAUGAGAGACGGUCCCAGCAAUAUCAUCCAGUGACAUUUGAACCCUUACUCAAGAUCAGUGUUACAGAUUAAGGAGUGACUAUGGCCAUAUGGACAAUUUGAAGGACAUAUUAGAAAGGUAAAAUCGGCAAAAAGCUUCAUUACUUAGUAAAUAACGGCAGAGCUUGAGUAGAACUCACAGUCCGAGAAACAAUGGAGUCCGAUGCGUUGCUGGUUCUCUCUCCUGGUCCUGUGACAGAGGAUGAGAAGACAAGGGCGCAUGCCAGCCCAGCAGGAAAGAUGUCUUACUCCUCAGAAACUGAGCCGGGAACGAAGGAGAGUGACUUUGUGGAUAGAGGCAUUUGUGUGGUACAAAAUGACGAUUCCAAUCACAACGAUUACGUAGAUGGUGGCAGUGAAAUUACCUCGAAGUACGAUGAAAUGUCACAAUUCUCAGAAGAUAAUACACACAAAGAAGAUGAUCCAAAAACGAAAAGGACAAAAAUAAGAAAAACGAUCAUCCGCAUUGUGUCAUCCAACACCGCCUUGGUUUUCUUUCUAAUCGGAUACUCAUUCAUCGGGGCGGCCAUAUUCCAAGCCAUUGAAGCUCCAGUUGAAAGAGACGAGAUUGAGAAGAACAUACGUUCAGAAAAAGAAACCGUUGCAAGACUAUGGAACAAGUCUUUGCAUCUUUUAUUUACUGCUCAGGGAGGAAAUGUCAGUCAAACGUAUGUGACAAACGAAACUGUCAACAGCACAGAAUAUACGUAUCGGCAAGUGGUUGCCAAUGGAUUGCCUUUAAAUGCUUCUGAAUGGGAGGAAAUGUUUAGAAAAGAGGUUGAGGGUAUUGUGCAAACUAACAAGAAUCCUAAGUGGACGUUCUGGGGAUCACUGUUCUUCUGUGCUACAGUCUACACCACUGUUGGUUAUGGGCAUAUUGUACCAAAAUCGGACGCGGGCCGAAUUGCAACUAUGAUCUAUGCUCUCCUCGGUAUUCCACUGUGCCUGAUCACUUUGGCCAAUUUAGGCAAGUUGCUGUCAAGAGUCAUCAAAUUUCUGUACAACGGUGUUCGGCGACAGUAUCGAAAACUAUGUGAUUACUGUGCAGCAUGUUGCAAAAGAGCAAAGCGAAAGACACAUUUCACUUCUUCGAAUGAAGCGAUGGAAAACGGCGAUUUAAAAGAACAGGAAGAUUCGUUCAGACCCCAUUUAUCAUCAACGGACACUGUCGAUGGCGAGAAGGAUAUUGCCAGAAGAGCAGCAAAGGAAAGAAGGCGCACUGCCCGUGAAAAAGCCCUGGAAAAGAUAGAUGACAAUUACAAUUUACCAGUAGGGGCCGCUGCAGUCAUCCUAGCGGUUUAUAUCGCAUUGGGAGCAUGGAUGUAUACGAUCUGGGAAGUUGACUGGAAGAAUUAUCUAGAGGCUUUUUAUUUCUUAUUUAUUUCACUCUCAACGAUUGGGUUUGGUGACAUUACUCCUAAACAUCCUAAUAACUUUAUUGCAAGUUUUAUGUAUAUUCUCCUCGGAUUUGCGUUAAUCUCAAUGACCGUUAACGUGAUUAUGCAAGUGAUGGCAAACAAGAUUGAUGAUACCAUUGAAAAAACUAAAAAGACAGUGGUGGUUGUCGAGAAAAGGGUUGCAUAUGUGGCGAAAAGUGCCGCGGAUGUCACAAAGAGGAAAGCCACAAUAGUGGGCAAAAAAGUCAGUGGAGCGAUACACGGAGUUUGCGAGCGUGAGGAAAAGAAACCCGGAGCUUUAGUUAACGGUCUUGCCAUGGCACGCAGUUUAACAGACAGUUGUAGUCAAAUAGCCAAGGCGUCGAGCGACUCUGAAAUCGCUGCACGAACAAGUGCGUUGCCUACUGAUAGAUCUCAGAGUCAGAAUUUUGUCUUGGAAUCAGCCUUGAAAAACGCCAUACCACAGCCAUUGCUAGAUAACCAGAAAACAACUGAGAUUGAAACCGUUCGUAGUGAGGAAGCAUCUAAUGAUAAAGACUGCUGAAUGCUACAUCAUCGGUAGAGAAGGGUGUGCGUCAUUUGACCAUCAUGGUCCAUGGUGAUAACAUGUCGGUUAAUGCCAAGCAGACACUCAACGUAGAUUAAUCUCUUAGUUUAAAGUUGGCUUUGGACGUUGAUCAACAAAGAUCCAACAUUGUUUCAACGUUGAAUAGUUAACUUCGAAAACAUGAUGUUAAUGCAUUGCUCAGUAUAGGUCAACUUAAAAUAUCGACAUUGUACGUGUAACAGCGCUGGGUUUUGAACCAAAAUUAAACGAUCUCCCUUUUCAAAUAAUCUCCAUUGGUUCUAUACAAAGCUAUUGAAUUUCAAGAGCAAAUUUCUAUUAUCGCGCCACAACAGUACAAGAUGGCAAGAUUUGCUUUAAGUGCUUUAAAAGUGAAUGUCUUUUUAAAGAUGCAACGUUGAAUUUAAUAUAAUUACAUUUUAGGUGUUUAUUCAACAUUUAUAUAUAAGUAUUGUUAGUCUGCUGGAAGACGGGUUUUGUAAGCCGUAAUGCUGAAAAAUGAACAGAGACAUUUUCAAUUAUCGUGUCACUGCAGAAUAAAUUAAUUGCAAGACAAGGUCGCUAAAAAAUACAAGUUACUCCCAUAGCGCAUACUAGCCCCGCCGAGGCUGUGCACCCGGGCUUACACAUGCAUCCCCGCACAUGCCCAGUAGCAAAGUUCGACUUCUUUUUGUUACUUAUAACAUUUUAAUGCCACUUAAGCUUAUGUAUUGUAGUAAUGCGCCACUUUUUGCCAGGCUUUUUACUUCACUUAUAAGCUGUGAUAAGUAUUCGGAAAAGAAAAAACAAAUGCCACAAUGGACUCUUAUCAAGUCUGUUUUUAUUCAGAAUUUAUUUAAUUAGUUUAAUGUUUUAAUAUUUUCUUCAAAUAUUCAGUUUUAUGUCCCAGAAUGUCAAAUGUAUUUCGUGAAAUAAAAUUUUAUACGUUGUGUCAUUUUUUCGCCAGGUGAAAAUGGAAUAACAUAUUUGCUCAGUUUUGGCUUUGGUGUGUGUAUUUUAUUCAUUUCUUAUCAAAUCCCUGGAAAUGCAUCC